GAAGAUGGCGUGGAAAUGAAAGAAGAUGGGAUAUUUCUCGGAGUUUGCCACGUUUUUGAGGCGUUUUGUCACGUUUGAUGCGAUGUUUUGAUAGGAGAAGACGUCAGAUAAAGUUGCAAGACACGUACUGCAAAGUUUGAAGUGUUUUUGCGGUAAAACUACUACGACUUUAUUGCAAUCGGCGUGUAUUUGCAGCGUUGUGUCCGCGUUCAGGCUGCCCCGAGAGGCGAUGGGGGCCGCUCCGGGCUCGGGCUGGGAGGAGGGCGAGUUUGAGUUCAAGUUGGUCUUCGAGGAGGACCACCAGAACCAGCGGCCCACUCCGGUGUGCGCGGCCGAGGAGGAGCGCUCAAGGCCCGGGGAGGAGAGUGAGAGCGGCCCGCUGCCCCUGGAGACCACCAACAACGACAGCCACCUUCGCUCCAUCUCCAUCCCGAGCCCCCCAGCCUCAUCCAAUCAGAGAGCAGCGUUGUCUCCGUCGUCCAAUCAGAGAGCAGGGAUGCACUCUCCUCCUCCUCGCAGGGCCGUGGUCCGAGAGUUCAGUGGGACCUAUGAGAGUCUGCCAGCACGAUCUGUACAGGUGUCAGAGUCCCGCGUGGUGGAGUGCCCCAGUAUCCAGAUCACCACCAUCUCCCCAGAGGACGAUACCCCGAGCCUGUCCUCCUGCUGGGACAUCAACUCUGGAGGAGGAGGAGUGUGGGACAGAGAGCGUCUGUACCUGCCCCUGCUGGACCCGUUCUCCUACAGAGACCGCAGCCCCGGUUCUGUGAGUCCGAGUCCAGUCUCCAGCCCCUCAUCUCGGGGCUGGCUCAGUCCGGCCUCCAGCUGUGACUCACUGUCUGUGGAGGACGACGAGCUCAAUGAGGCCACAGUGAACUUUGGCCUGUCCCCUCAGUCCAGACCCACGUCUCCGGGAGGAAAGAAGAGAAGGAACAGCCCCCUGGCAUCGCCCUGCACGUCCAGAAGGGGGAGCUACUCUGAGGACACGCAGGGGGAGGGAUGUAAUAUUGAAGGUGGAGACUCCAACUCCCUAAACCAGGGUCCAGUCCUGUGUGAGCUCAGUGUCCCUCAGAAAACCAGGAAGACCUCACUGGAGCAAUUAUCCCCGCGGGAGGUGGAUCAGGAGCAGGCUCCAGGACACACCUCCCCCUGCCCACUGCCCGAGCCUCCUCUGCCCAGGAGAGAGGCCCCUCCUCUGGGCAUGGACUACCUCCCUGUGCCCCCCGCGCUGGUGUGGGGCAGGACCAGGGCCAACGCUCACAGCCCUCUGUUCAGGUCGACAGCCCUGCCUCCUCUGGACUGGCCUCUGCCCUCUCAGUUUGAUCAGUUUGAGCUCAAGAUCGAGGUGCAGCCCCGACCUCAUCACCGCGCCCAUUAUGAGACAGAGGGCAGCAGAGGGGCAGUGAAGGCCACGCCCUCCGGACAUCCAGUUGUAAAGUUGUGUGGAUACUCGGAGCGAAAGCCUCUGUCUCUCCAGGUGUUUGUGGGCACAGCCGAUGACAGAUCCGUGAGACCACACCCUUUUUAUCAAAUACACAGAGUGACUGGGAAGAUGGUGGGUACUGCGUCUCAUGAGAGUGUUCAGGCUGGGACCAAACUGCUGGACAUUCCGCUCACAGCAGAGAACAACAUGAGCGCCCUCAUUGACUGCGCUGGGAUUCUGAAGUUGAGGAAUUCGGACAUCGAGCUGAGGAAAGGGGAGACAGACGUUGGGAGGAAGAACACCAGAGUACGUCUGGUGUUUCGGACUCACCUCCCUCUAGCGCCCCCUGUGGGCCCCCCAGGACGAGUACUGGCCCUGCAGGUGGCCUCUCUGCCUAUAGAGUGCUCCCAGCGCUCGGCCCAGGAGCUGCCUGUGGUGGAGUCUCUGAGUCUGACCUCGAGUUCGGCCGAAGGAGGAGACGAGCUGCUGCUGAGCGGAACCAACUUUCUCCCCAUCUCCAGAGUAGUGUUCAUGGAGAGAGGAACAGAUGGGAAGGUGCAGUGGGAGGAGGAGGCACACGUCGACAGAGACAACAGCAGUGAGUGCCUGCUGUGUGUACGAGUCCCCGCCUAUAGUGACCUCUCUGUGAAUCGCCCAGUCUCCGUCAGUUUGUACGUCUCCAACGGAAAGAGGAAAAGAAGCACCACUCACUCAUUCAAAUAUCUUCCCAUCAUGUUCAAAGAGGCCGACCCUCUCUUACCUCGCCCUUCUACUCUUCCUCUGGACUCUCUGCACCCACCUCCCGUCGACCACCGGGGGGCGCACCAGCUGCGCCCCGAACCCUCCAACGAAGACCGCUCCCUGGGCUUCCACUUACCCCUGUACCCCUACUCCCCUCCAUGCCCCUCCAUGCUCUACCCGGACGAUUCCUCCUCUUUCUCCUCCUUCUCCUCCUCCUCUAAACCCGAAGCAGUGCCCGUGGAGGACACCAGGGGGGUACUAUCCGAACGCCAACCCAGCUUCGAGAACCUAGAGUUGGGGUUCACCGAGCUCCUUCCCCCCUUCUACCCCCGCGGUCCCCAGCCUCCCUCCCCUUCGCCGUGGCUGGACUCUCCAUAUUUAUCUUCCUCACCCUCUCCUUCGCACUCCUCCUCUCUCAGUCCGUUCCCGGCAGGUAGCCCCAUCUCCUCCUCUCCCUUACCCCCCAUGCCCUCCUCGCCCUACCCACAAUUCCACUCGGUUUACCCCCAAGAAGUGUGCCCGUCGCCCCCUCCGCUGCUGUCCAGUUCGUCAGGUCACUACCAGGACAUGUGCCCGGUGCAGUACUCGCAGUUCGAUUCGUGGGAGAUGCAGGGGAGACAUGGAGGAGACCGAGAGGGGAAGGCACUAGACUGCCCCCUAGAGUUCAACAGCUCAACCACCAUGCAGCACAUCACAUUUGAAGAAGUGACGGAGCUGAUUGGAGAGGACUUACACUCAUACCAUUCGACACAAAUGGAAAACCAGCAAAACUGAACCUGGACUCAAACAUCAGAGUAAACCUGAGGCACAUGGAUUUAAACCGCAUUGGGCUAAAAUGUUUUGAUUGUAAAAAAUAAUGUAAUGAAACCACCAAGAACAAUGUUUUUAAAGUAUUUUUAACACAUUUGGAAGAUAAAUUAUGUAUUAAAGUA